GAGAGCAGAAGACUAGCAGAGUCUAGAAGUACAUCUUUUUUUUUGUGCACCAGGAGCAGUAGAAACAGAACCACACACAACAUGCUAAAGUGGACGGCAUCGGCGCAGCGCCUGAACGAGAUUCCCGUGCACGAUCAGGAUGCCAACCAGCCGCAGAGGAGGAGGCUGCAGAGAAGGCAGCGCCGUCAGCGGAGGGCCACCAUCGCCAACAAGGAGAACGUGCCCGACACCGUGGGCUACACCUCCACGCCAGUGCCCAUUUCCAGGCUGCUCAACAGUCCCCUGGUCCUGGCGCCGCUGAGCGAUAUCCGGAAUGUCACCCCGGAGGCGGUGGUGCGCAGUCAGGCGCCCCAAAGGGUACAGAGUGUGCGAUACGCCACCACAUUGCCACGUUUUGCCGAGGAUUACUCGCCCAACGGACUGCCCAGUGGUCAACACUUGGCGCUGAGGGGCCUGGCUCCGUUGGAUCCCUUUCUGGGCCAGCCGCGCUACAUAGUGGGCUCGGGUGCAGGAGUCACCAAACUAAAGCAGCGUAGACUGGACGAGGACUUUGUGGCCACCUUGGAGCCGGAGUUGCAGGAGCCGGCAGUGCUGGAGCCACCCACCCCCAAGGUGGAAGUGCGUCCAAGCACACCGCAGCCCGCCUCCACGCAGAUGGGGGAUCAGACUUUGGAUCGCCUAAUCGAUGCCAUCUUGGAUUCCGCCUGCAAGGCGAAUGCCAGCACCAAGAAGAAGCCGAGAAGGUCCACCUUCAAUCUGCGCAGGCGCACCUUGGUCAAGCAGCAAAUGGAGUCGAACUGCCCCCAGGAGGUGCUGUCGCCAUCCUACGCACCUGGAGACGAUCCGGCCUCGGAUCUGAGCUUUGGCCUGGUUCCCCUGCCCAUGCACAACCUGAUGGCCACUCCGGAACCGGCCUCGCCCCUGUCCAAGAUUCCACACAACUUGCUUGUCCAACUGGCCACUCCAGUGGCCCCCAAGUCCGCCCCCUGCGACAACACCUUCUGCCUGGAGACUCCGGUCAAGGCCCUGAAGAGGACCCGCAAGGAGAUCGUCGCCAAGGAGUCCCCCAUUAAGCGCUACAAGGUGGACGAGCGCAAUUACUUCGAGGUGGGAUUGGCCCUGCCCUCAUCUAUAUAUGUCUGAGAAGAGGUCCUUUCAAACAGAUCCUCGGAUAGCCACAAAAAAGAGAAGAGAAACAAAAUGCGAGAUGCAGAUGAAGACGAGGAAGCGAGCAACGCUGACAAACGGGGGGAAAACGCUUAACUAUGACGCUUAACUAGUUCCUAAGUCGUAAACUAAUCAUCUUUCAAUUACUGUACAUAAUUUCGUAGCUCACCUUAAUCACUAUUUAUUCCAAUU